CACUCAUGAGCGAAUGAAUGAAGCGUCAUCUUUUGAGGAGCGACUUCUGCAGUGCGAGGCCUCACUGCGCGCGCAAACACGGACCUCAGGCAGGACCAAUUACAUUUACUUCAUUCCCUAAAUCAUAACAUAUAAGCACCAGAGCAUGUGGCGCGCCGGAGCGGUGAGUUUAGCCCUAAUCGCGUGUUUUUUCCGCGCGUCGCUGUGCGCGGAGGGGCUCGUGAAUGAAGACGUGAAGCGCACGCUGGAUCUGAGCUCUCACCUCGCGAAGAUCACGGCGGAGAUCCAGCUCGCGAAUCACGGGGCCUCGCGAGUCAACGGCUUCACGCUCGCGCUGGAGGCCGAGCUCGCGCCGCACCUGGCCUUCAUCGGUGCAUCUGUAAAGGGGGAGGAAGAGGAAGAUGAAAGCCUGGAGCUGAAAGAGACCACUGUGCAUGGACAAAGUGGUAAGUUCUUCGAGGCACAGUUGCCGUCGUCUCUCGCUCCGGGUGCUAAACUGCGGGUGAAGGUGGAGACUGUGUUCAGUCACGUGCUGAAGCCCUUCCCCACCCACAUCACCCAGGCAGAGCGACAGCUGGUGGUCUUCCAGGGGAACCACUACCUGUACUCCCCAUACCCCACCCGCUCCCAGACCACCCGCGUCCGCCUGGCCUCCAAGACCGUGGAGAGCUACACCAAGCUGGGCAACCCCACCAAGAGCGAUGAGACUGUUGAGUAUGGACCGUUCAAAGAUGUUCCUCCCUUCAGCCAGGACGCUAUGAAGAUCCACUAUGAGAACAACACGCCUUUCCUCAGCAUCAGCAGCAUCACUCGCACUGUCGAGGUCUCUCACUGGGGCAACAUCGCCGUGGAGGAAACCAUCGACCUGAGACACACCGGUGCUUACCUGAAGGGGCCUUUCUCCCGCUAUGACUACCAGAGACAGUCUGACAGCGGCAUUUCAUCAGUCAAAUCUUUCAAGACCAUCCUCCCAGCCUCUGCUCAAGAUGUGUAUUACCGUGAUGAGAUCGGGAACAUCUCCACAUCUCACCUCCAAGUUCUAGAUGAUUCCGUAGAGGUUGAAAUCCGUCCCCGUUUCCCGCUGUUCGGUGGCUGGAAAACACAUUACAUCGUUGGUUAUAAUCUUCCCAGCUAUGAGUAUCUCUACAAUCUGGGAGAUCAGUAUGCUCUGAAAUUGCGUCUGGUCGAUCAUGUCUAUGAUGACCAGGUUAUUGACCAACUAACUGUGAAACUGAUCCUUCCUGAAGGAGCCAGAAAUAUCCACAUGGAUACCAUCUUCAAUAAAAUUACCAAGCUCCAGCUAAGACCCCCUGAUCUCUGCCACAUGGCAUCCCAUCAAAGCACCUCCAGCCCAGGAUCUGAGAACGAGUCAGCCCCCUGA